CACGUCCUAUCACCCCACCUGCUGUUCCUCUCAUUCUACCACAUCUAUGCCCCAUGUCCUUGGUAUCCCCCACCCUCUCGCGGACAUCUUCGUCGACCAGUGUCGAGUCGGACGAUGCCGGAAGCAUUGCCCAUGCGAUGCGCUCACGGCGCACUCGGAAACGCUUUACCAGCGUGCAGCUGAUGAUGCUCGAAAAUCUUUUCCAUCAAACGUCCCACCCGUCGCGGGAGCAGCGCGACGGCGUAGCAAAAGCAGGUGCAAUGGAGCUUAAGUCCGUCACAAUUUGGUUCCAAAACAAGCGCCAGAUGGAGCGGAAGGGGUCGCUGAGUAGUAUACCAUCGACCCGUGACACUGUUGUUGACGCUGCUCCAAAGCCGAAGCCUAAGCCCCAAUCCAAACCCUACGCGUCGCAGCUCGCGGCGCGUCCAUCACUCGACCAUAUUGCUUCACGUUCUGAGCGUCACCAUGCGCCCGGCACUCCGUCUCGCAAACAAGAUCGCAACGCGUCCCUAUGGGACAGUAUGCCCUCUUCACCACCGGCUCCUCCUACCAGCCCGCCAGAGAAGGAGUACGUGGCUUUCGGCAAGCUUACGCGGAGACAUACAUUAGAGUGGGCAUGCGCGCGCCGCAGGAUGGCGGAGAAGGAGAGGAGCACGGCUGAUGAUGGGGACGAGACGGAUGAUGCGACCGACGAGGCCAUCACAUCCCCAAGGGCCUGGAGCACGAGCGAGCCAAGGUGUACCAGGGUACCGGGAGGAAAUAUCACCGUGCGUAGCCGUGCUGAGCCGGACGACGAUAUGCUGCGUGCGGCUCUGGCAUUGUGUCGGUUGGGUCGCCCGGCCUGAGGAGGAGGAUACCGCCGAAGGACAUCUGGUCAGAUAUUCCGUACAUUUCGAGGCUUCGGAUUGUCACUUUCGAACCUUGGAUUACAGCCAGAGAUAUAUCAUUAUUCACUUGUACAAACUGGUGACGACCUUUUCUACGCCCUGUCUUGAAUACUAUUAUGAAAAAUUAGCCAGUAGUAUCUGAUGCUUCGUAUUUUUUCCAGAUUCGAUGAUUCGUUCCGGAGCUAUAUCCCCAAAAUAAUGAUGCGAUUUUGGACUAUAC